AUGCUUACCUUAUUUGAAUUGUUUGGCUUCAUUCUUCUGGUGAUUGAAACCCUCAUAGGAAUGGUGGGAAAUGGAUUCAUUGCUAUCGUCAACUGCAUUGACUGGCAUAGAAGCCGAAAACUAUCCCCGGCUGACAUGAUCCUGAGUUGUCUUAGCUUGUUCAGAUUUGCAUUUCAUGCCGUUACGCUACAGAUUGCAAUAUUCAAACUCUUCUUCGUGGACCCUUUUCUGAUGCUGAAGCUAAACAUUGCAUAUGAUUUCUCAUGGCUAUUUCUUAAUACGACUAGCCUUUGGUUUGCCGCUUGGCUCAGUGUCUUGUACUGUGUAAAAAUCGCUAACUUCUCCCACCCUCACUUCCUGCAAAUGAAGCGGAGAUUCCCUGGACUGGUGCCUUGGCUGCUUCUGGGGACUGUGGUCUUCUCUGCAAUCACCACCACUGUGGCAAUAACAGGCAGUAUCAUUGUGUCUAAAUGUAAUCCUUUUGAAUCACAUCUAAACAAUAGCAGUGACUCAGGAAUUAACACGACCAAUUCCUUUUUGUCUCGGAUGGGCAUUAACGACAAUGGAGUGCAUUUCAUUUUUUUAAAUGUGAUUGCUGCAUAUUCCUCUGGUCAUGCUCUUAUCCUGAUCUUCAUCAGUCCAAAAUUGAAACAGGAAUCAGUAAGGAUGUUACAUCAACUAAGAUGCUGA